AUGACAGCCCUCUUUCUUGAUCUGGAGGGCGCAUUUGAUUCGGCACCACAUGAGGGUAUCCUGUACAAGCUGGCAUUCAUGGGCAUCACUGGCACCAGCCUUGCCUGGGUGCACGACUUCCUCACCGGUUGCUCAUUCCAAGUUCCUACCCACUCUCACCUUCUCCUCUAUGCUGAUGACAUUACCAUUGUCAGUCGAGCACUCACACUUUCCGAGGCUCAGGAUCACCUGCAGGAGGCUGCCACCGCCUUGGGUGCAUGGAUGACAACCUGGGGGCUACAAAAAGCUUCCAACUCCACCUACCGUCACCUUAAGUGGGAGGCUGUUCCAUACUCAACCUCACACACCCUCCUCGGACUGCGGCUGGAUGGCCCUCGCCUCUCCUGGGUAAAUCACAUCAGUUACAUCCGCACCUCCUGCAACAAACGCCUGGAUGUGAUGAAGCGAAUAGCUGGCAUCCACUGGGAAGCCAGUUGUGACCUGCUCCUCCACUACUAUAAGACCACCAUCAGGGCCAAAAUACAGUAUGUCAGCUGCUUCUAUGAGUCAGCUGCCUACUCCAACCUCCUCAAGCUUGACCCCAUUCAGAAUGCUGCCUUGAGGAUCUCUAUGGGGGUCAUGAGAUCCUCCCCAGUUGUUUCUAUACAAGCAGAGAGUGGUAUUCCUCCACUGUCCGCCCACAGACGGAUGACCUUGUGCCAACAAUACUACAGGAUACUGGGCCUGCCUGCUUCCCAUCCCCUCUCUACCCUCCACUCCAACUCAGGGGUGGAUCAGCAAGCUCCUGUAUGGCUCCUUGCUGCCCGUCAGCCACUAAUACUGGACCGGUCCAUUUAUCACCACCACCUCAAGAUCUACACGGACGGCUUCAGAGAUGCCUCCCUGCCCUCCUCGGCAGCAGCUAUUUAUGAUGCCAGUACUGCUAUCUGUAAGACAUGGAGGCUUCCUGAGUACACAGAUGUCCUUACCAUGGAGCUCUUUGCCCUUCUCCAGGCCCUCAUCUACCUCCGCACCUCUCACCCGACGUCCAUGGUGCCAUCCUCCGCCACAACCCUCAUCCACUCCAUCCAGAGCACCUUCCUCCAUCUCCUGAACACUGGGUGGGAUAUCACCUUCCAAUGGGUGCCUUCCCACAGUGGCAUCCAGGGGAAUGAGGUGGUGGAUGCUGCUGCCAAGAUGGCCUUAACCCAUGUAAACAUUACCCCCUUACCCCUCCAGCCUCAUUCUGCCAAACGGCUCAUAUCUCGCCUCUGCCACUCAUCCUGGGACUCUUCACUCAACACCGCACUCCGAAUCACCUCUAUGGGCCUUUACUGUAGCGACUCAUCUCCACAGCCUUGGGUCAGGAAACAGUCCCGCAUCCUAGAUGUAGCACUCACCCGCCUCCGUCUGGGCCACACAAGACUCACAGCACACCUGCAUCGCCUGGGUCUAUCACCGGACCCCUAUUGCCCCUGGUGCAGGACGGUCGAGGAAACCAUCGAACACUUCCUCUUACACUGCCCCCGCUUCCACUCCCACCGUGUUGUGCUCCAUGAUCACCUUGUUGCCUUGGGUGUGUCUACCUUUGACCUGCCCACCCUGUUGGCGGCGGCGGGCGUCCACUCCUCACACCAAGCUGCAGUUCUCCGCCUCACCUGCGUCUUCCUGAAGAAGUGUGGACAACUUCCCUGCCUGUGA